AUGUCCAAAAAGAAAGUAGCAGCAGAGAAAGUUGGCACUGCUAAGAUUUCAAAAGCUUCUGGUAAUGACAAUGACAAUAAAGCCCCUGGUAACAAUGAUGACAACAAAGCCUCCAAUGAUUAUAAUAAGAUUAAAGGUCAUCAAAAAGUGGCACCAGUGGCUAAUGACUUUGCACUUGCAAGUUCAUUUGUUCAAAAGACCAAUUUGCAAGUAUCGUUUGUUCAACAGACCAAUUCGCAAGUAUCAUUGGCAAAUGCUCUUGAUAGUCUUGAAUUUUCCGCCAAUAAACCAAAUAAUGUAUUGGUUGAGCAUGAUUCGAAUGUCCUUAAAAAGGAUGAUCGAAAAAAAGAUAUUGAAGAUUUUAAAAAUAAAGAAUUUCUUGAACGAUUUCUUACGGAAAAUACUUUUCACAAUU